AUGAGGAUCAUACAGCGUGUGUGGCGAACAGACGAUCGCCUGACGGAGAUCAUGGAGACACUGGUCACAUCUGGGUCUGCUUUUUUGAAGCAUCUGAACCACAGCCCGGAGUUGCAGUCGCUGUUUCAGGCGAAUCUAAAGAAACAGAAGCACGUCUCCAACACAGGGACGUCUCACAGCCUCUCGUACGCAGCCCACCGCUUCGACAGUCAGGUGAAGCCUUUGGCGCAUUUUCUGCUUAGUUUCGAGGCUGCGCUCGCCACGGCCAUGCAAGUGCAGAGUCUGCGCGCAGGGGACGACUAUGGCAAGGACGCUGCGUCGUUCUUGUCGUUUCUGGUUGGGAAGGCCGGGGCCGAAAAUAUUCUGCAAACUGCCCUCAUGGUGGACGCAGGAGACAUGGUCAUGUGUUUGCUUCGAUUUUUUGACAGAGCAACCUUUGAUGUUGCCUUGAUGGGGGAACAGCUGCACUUGUUCUGUCAAAAGUUGGAUUGGGCCUUCAACAAGAAGCACAUCCUGGAGUUGGAAGACUCCUUCACGGGUCAUGCCCUUCGACUCCUCGCCAAGACGCACAUCGUCAGGAUUCCAGGCCAGAAGUGGGGGUCCGGGCCCCUGACUGUGGGCGGUCCUGGCUUCGUAGCGGCUGCUACGAGGCAGCGGUGCUUGGCCCGAAUGCAGGCGUUCGUCGUUUUGGCUGUGCAGACUGUGCGAGCUGAAUUCCCUUCCUUCGAGCCAUUGCAGUGCUUCGGAAUCUUUGCUUUGCGCGAGAGAAGCCUGGUAGGCGAUGUGGCAUCGAAGUUGGAGCGCGUGGCAAUGUUUUGCUCUGUGGACGCGUCUGCAUUGCGAUCAAAGUACCAGCACUUCCUGACAAAGGCCGUGUCGUAUUACCGGUCACAGGCAAGCUGCAGCAGCUUCGACGCGUGGCGACACGUCAUGCUUCAGGAGGCCCGUGCAAAGGGCCGUAGCAUGGAGUCCUUGGCACCGGAGUUGUUCCGGGCAGUGGCGCAGCUGGGAGCUUUCACAGGGUGCACGACGUCGUGCGUCGAAGUCACGCACAGCGUCCAAGAUUGGCUUUGGCCGAAGCGACGGAACAAGCAUCUCAGUCUACAGUGCGAGGUAAAUGAGAUUACGAUCGCGACUUCACCGCCGGGACAGGCAGCUGACGCCAAAACGAUCGCAGUGGCUCGUGAUGUGUGGAGGACCGUCUACGGGCGGCCCCGGGCCAUCCAGCGAGCAGCGCGCCAGGACAAGGGCAAAGAGAGAAGCAAAGGGAAAAGAAGCAAGACCUUGGGUGGUUUUUUCAAGCGAGCCCGUGCUGCGGUGACUCACCAUGCCAGGCAUCACAAGAUCCGGUCUAUCCAGCAAGUCGGGUACGAUGCUGCGCCGGGGGCUGCUGCUGUUUGGAGCGAGAAGAUGAACAAUGAGCUAGACUUUCUGGCAGAGACGCUUGGGGACACAGCAGUGAGUUUGACUGUUUCGCAGGCAGAGAAACAAGAGGACGCGUUUCAUGCGUGCAUCCUCGGCGGCCAAUUGAAGCAGCCGGACUUCACUCCAGGACAGGCAGAAGAAGCAAAGAAAAGGAAGGCCCGCGCGUUGACGCUGCAGCAAGAGCGUGCGGAGCAAGCAGAGAAGCGACGCAACACCUGCAGUUUCACUGCUGUGAGGCUCUGCGCCGGUCAAAAGUGCUACUUCCAGCCGGGCAUCUCAGACAAUUUGGGAAGAGAGGCCGUGAACAUGAAGCGGGUACGGCUGACUCGUCGCUGGAUCGAGGCAGACUGGUUUGUUCUGGAAAGAAUUGGAGAUAUGGCCACUCAGAAUCUCGCGUGGGCUGCUUGUUUGCUGGGCGGUUUUCUUGUUGAUGCCACUUACAUGCAAGAUGCUGUGGCCGGGAAUCCCAGCGGCGAACCGCGGGGUGUUUGUGUCGCUUUCAAAGCAGCACUCGGAACCAAGCGACGUGUUUGGUGCAGCGCUCGCUUCCAACAGCUGGACGUUUACCAAACAAUGGCCGCGUGCGUUGGCCAAGCAGGCUCACAGUGGAAGUUCGUGGACCUGGAGGACUUCUGUCGCGAGCGUGGGAAGCGGAACGCCAGCCUCAAGGCGAUUGCCUUCGUCACAGAUGAUGAGCAGGAAAGUUUCGUGCAAGAGCUGGGCUCCAACUGCGUUUUCACCCGGGAGACUUUUAUCACGAAGCUGGCACGCAUGGAUGUGAAGCACACUACCUUGGGUGUUUGUGGCUUGUAG